CCUUUGCCAUCCAUUAAUUCUUUGAACCACAGCUUGUUAGUUUCUUCUGUACACCUGAGUCUUGAGAAUCUACAUCAUGUCUGGAAGAGGCAAAACCGGAGGAAAGGCCCGCGCUAAGGCGAAGUCCCGUAGCUCCCGCGCUGGUCUUCAAUUCCCCGUCGGUCGUGUUCACCGUCUGCUGAGGAAGGGCAACUACGCUCAUAGAGUAGGCGCGGGUGCUCCCGUGUACAUGGCUGCUGUCCUCGAGUACCUGACUGCUGAGAUCCUGGAGUUGGCUGGCAACGCCGCUAGGGACAACAAGAAGUCCCGUAUCAUUCCCCGCCAUCUGCAACUGGCGGUUCGUAACGACGAAGAGUUGAACAAACUACUCGGCGGUGUAACCAUCGCCCAGGGAGGUGUGUUGCCCAACAUCCAGGCGGUUUUGUUACCAAAGAAGACCGGGGCGGCCGCUGCACCAAGCGGGAAGGCGGGAAAGAAGGCUUCCUCACAGUCCCAAGAAUAUUAGAUAACUAUGUAACUAAACCGCCAACGAACUCUUACACCCAAAGGCCCUUUUAAGGGCCACCCAUACAUUCUGAAAAGGGUUACAUUUCCAUUCCUAUUUUCCUUUGUUGAAAAUGUGCUGUUUUUUUCGCGCUUAAAAUUCUUAUGUUGCAAUAAAUUCUUUUGAUACA